UAUGAUCAAGCCAUUUCGCCCAUUGUUAAGGAAGUUCUUGACGGAUUUAAUUGCACUGUAUUUGCAUAUGGGCAAACUGGUACAGGUAAAACAUACACAAUGGAAGGAGGAAUGAGGAAUAAGGCUGGUGAAUUACCAGCUGAAGCAGGUAUUAUUUCAAGGGCAGUUCGCUAAAUUUUUGAUACGCUUGAAGGUUAAAAUGCAGAUUAUAGCAUGAAAGCGACUUUUUGGGAACUAUACAACGAAGAAAUCACUGACUUGCUAGCUUCAGAAGAGCCUUCAAAGUCUUUAGAAGAGAGACAAAAGAAGCAUGUAUCUCUCAUGGAGGAUGGAAAAGGUUGUGUUGUAGUGAGGGGUCUUGAGGAAGAAGCUGUGUACAGUGCAAACGACAUUUAUAACCUCCUGGAGCGAGAAGCAGCCAGGAGGCGCACAGCAGACACUCUAUUGAACAAAUGCAGCAGCCGUUCUCACUCUGUUUUUAGCAUAACUAUUCAUGUCAAAGAAAUGACUGUUGGAGAUGAGGAGCUCAUUAAGUGUGGCAAGCUCAAUCUUGUUGAUUUAGCAGGAUCAGAAAAUAUUUCUCGAUCAGGUGCACGAGAGGCUCGUGCAAGAGAAGCGGGGGAAAUCAAUAAGAGUUUGCUUACUUUUGGUCGUGUUAUAACAGCUUUGUUGGCCAGUUGCAGUGUUGCACUUUGUGUAAUCAGUAAUGUGCAUUGUGCAGUUGGCCAGCUUUUGCCAACUACAGUAUAUGCCAGAUUCAUUGCAAAUUUGCCAGCUUUCAGCCAUGUGCACAUUGUGGUUGUGCAGUUGUGCACUGUUAGUGUUAAUAUGUUAUAG